GGGUUGAACGCCGGCCCUGCAAACUGGCCUGACGCCAGCCGCCGGGUGGAGGCUAUUUGCAGCCAGCUCUGCCUGCUUCACCCCUCAGCCACAAGAACUGGGGGGGUUCUGAAGACCCGUUGGUCUCUGGUCUUGGGGGACUACGUGGCCAUCAGGGAGCCCCAGGCUGAUGGCUCAGACUGGUCUCCAGCUGUUUCAGCUGAUUCAGAGGACCCUGUCACAGUGGCUCUCCAGCAGGCAGAAAAAGUGGGAGAGGGCUGUGCUGGAGCAGGAAGUGGGACUCCUUCCUACUGCUCCAGCUGUCUACCUGCAGCCGCUCCCUGAAGCUAAAGGGCUGUCCUUGGUUCAGGUGGGACAGGGACAGCCCUUUGACUACGGGACGCUAGAGCAGAAGCUCCCUCUCCCACUAUUGAGACCUGCCCCUCCAGCUCAGCCGCUCCACCUGGGUAAUGAGGCUCCAGCUCCACCACCACUGCCUCCUCUACCUCCUCCACCACUGCCUCUGCCUCCUCCUGGUGAGCGUGUGCCGAGGACGACCGCCUUCAGGAGGAGGAAAGCAGCAGAAGCAGCAGCUGCUGCACCAGAGGGCCCUCCUGCAGGGACAAAAGUCCACCGGCAGACUGUCCAGUACACCUGCACAAAGUGUGGCCAGCCAAAAAGGCUGGACACUGGCCACACCAGGAUUGACGGUGUUUCGUACUGUGCAGGAGUGGACAGAGGAAAUGAAGAAAAAUAA